AACACCGAACUACCUACCCUAAACAAAGACGCGACUCUACCUCUUACUGCCAUCAUAACACCCUUCGCGUCCUUGUUGACUUCAUUUCUCACAUUUGCUGAUCACUGCUUACUCGUUUUUCACCUCAAAUAGUCUGAGUGAUCACACCCCUCAAAUUCUCCGUGCUACACCAACGUGUUUGUACUUUUCGUGUAUAUAAGACCUUUCUUGAGUCAAACAUCACACUCUAUCACUCAUGGCACCCAAAUCUACCGGAGGGAAGUCGAAGUCUGGCGUUACUCAAGGAGGAGGAGGAGUUGCAGGAUCCGGUGCUACCACAACACCAAGAACGAUACAGACUCGUAGUCAGAAAGCUGGUCUCCAGUUCCCCGUUGGUCGUAUCCACCGUUACUUGAAACAGCGCACGCAGCACAAUGUGCGUAUUGGAGCAAAGGCCGCUGUGUAUACCAGUGCAAUAUUAGAGUAUCUCACUGCUGAAGUACUUGAACUUGCUGGAAAUGCAUCAAAGGACUUGCGCGUCAAACGUAUAACACCCCGGCAUUUGCAACUUGCCAUCCGAGGGGAUGAAGAACUCGAUAUCCUUGUUCGCGCAACAAUCGCCGGAGGAGGCGUGUUACCAUUUAUCCACAAGAGUUUGACAGCUGCUUCGGGCAAGAAGAAGCUUGAGGGACAACAGCAGUAGUGGUUGUUAGGAUUUUACAGCAGGUGCUGACAUUAUCUAUUCGCGUGAGCGCAGUGAUCAGCUGCACUAACUUUAUUUUACUUCUGGCUGUUGUUACUUGCAUCUGUAGUUUUGUAUCAAAUGCAUGAGAAUUUGGUUGUUCGGUA